UGAGGAAUGUCAUUUGCUGGCAUUGUGGGCAGAAGGGUCACACCAUCAAGUUAUGCCAUGUCCGAAGGAACGAUGAAGAUGAAGGGCUGAUUAGUACCAACUACGACGGUGACAUGUAUGAUAAGUUUGGAUACUACAUUGACGUAGAGAUCCCUGGUGGGUCGAGAAAGGAGGCCUUGAGACGAGUCGAGGCCGGCGAGCCGCCCUCUCCUCUGGCCAUGUUUCGAAUCUGGCAAGAGGAGGAUGUCCGUCCUGAUGUAAGGGUUGAAGAGAUAGGAGAGAAUAAGGAAGUAAAGCAGGAAAGGAAAGCAGGUACGGUCAAGGAAGAACCUAUUGUGGUAGAAUCUGACGAGGAGAUAGAAAGGGGUUACUGGAAUGCGGCCCGGAGAACGAUGGAAAUAAUGGAGGAUCUAGUGGCAAAGAUGAGAAGGUAUCAAGACAAAUUGACCAACAUGUGUGAAGAGGUCAAGGAGUGGAAAGAUAAAAAACCACUGGUAUAUCUCUACGAUAUGGGUCCAAGACCGCAAGGAGGGUCUUGGAGCCUACCAGGCGUAACGAUUUCGAGACCAACGCCUCGGUCCGGAAUGGCUUAUAGGCCACCAUCAAGGUCAGGAGGAGCGCCACAGGCCGUCAGGACAAGGGCCAAGGGGCCGGUAAGCCCCAAUGAGCCGGCAAAGGACGUUCCUGAGCCUAGUGGGGAAAAAGAGACAGUAGACAUCCCACAGGAUGAGGAUGAGAGAGAUGAGAGGUUAAGGAGAGAAGAGGGUAAGAGGACCGAGCUAAGAGCAAAGAAGAGGGAUGUUAAGGCAGACGUGGAGAGAGUCCCGGAGGGGAAGAAAAGGAAGUAUGUUGUCCGGGUAGAAGAAGACUAUGAUGUAGAGGAAAUGAUGGAUAGAAUCCUUGAGGGUCAUAAUCAUCUUAUGAAUCUGAAGGAUGUGUUGACUUCAGCUCCAAGGUUCCGGGACGAGCUUAAAACUCGAUUAUCCAGGAAGAUGGUAGCCAGCGUGCGAUUGAGGGCCAUAAUUCCCAAGGAAGCGGAAUGGGCAGAGACAGAGGUAAGGAGCUUCCUGGGAACAUGUGGGUUUUGGAGAGUGUUCAUCAAAGGGUUUGCGGCAAAGACAGAGCAGUUGCGAAAGCUUGUGCGCCAAGGUCAGGAUUGGGAAUGGGGAGACAAGCAGGAGUCAGUAAUAGAGGCUCUGAAGAAAGAGUUUGAGGAAGGGGGUCUGCGUAUUCCUGGGAACAAGAAUAGGGCAGAUGGGUUAAGUCGCGUCGACUGGGACAAGAGCAACAAAGGGGUGAUUGAAGAUACUCCGCUGGUCGACGGUUUCCUGGACAAGGAAGAGGACGUUAAACUCCACAUUAACUCCUGGUCAUUGGCUAUAGGUAACUAUGUUACUCCUGGACGACCUGUAUGGCUCGCACCUCCGGGUCAUGUGCGGCGGCCGGAUAUAGUCCCCAAACCUUAUAUUGAGGAAGAUUCUUGGGGAAUGCCUGAACUGGAGUGGAUGAUGGAGUUGGCCUUGGCGGAUAAGUACCAGCUGCGGGAAGACUUGGUCACAUUGGAGACCGGACCCCAGCAGGUAGAAAAGGAUGAACGAUUGGUAGGUGGAAUGUACGUGUUGGCAAACUCGUUGCUCCAAGAAGAGGUUGCUAGGAUUGAAGAAGAGAGGCAAGAUAGAGAGGAGAACGUGAUUCAUGAAGGAGAGGACGAUGAUUUUGAAGAAGGCUUGACACCAUUUGGCGAAGCCAUGCCAAGAGGGAGGGAGGGGCAAGGCCAGUGGAACCCCCUCAGGAGGCAGCCAGACAGAGAAUGCAGGGAUGGACCAGGAAAGAGGACAGGCCACCCAUCUUUUAGAGGAGGGAACGUGGAGUUGUUUUUUGUCGAGUUCGAGAAGCAUGCCAACAAGUUCAGAUGGGAUGGAGCCAGGAUGCUGAGAAAGGUACGAGGAGGGGGCGAGUGGGCUGAGGCCAUUGCCAGAUAUGUACGGGAGUCAGUGACCUGGCAGGAGUUCGAAAGGAAGAUGGAAGGGAUACAUCCAUCGCCUGUGGGGAGAGAUGGAGUGCCAAUCCGGUUCGAUGGAACGAACCUGGAUGAGUUCUUGUGGGCUUAUGACCGGUUUGCAGACGAGCAGAACAUUGCACCUAAGACCAAAGUGAGAGGGUUCCUCCAGUUCGUGAGGAGGCCUAUCAGGAUGUUCGUCAGGAACAUUGUGGAAAGAGCGUUGCAUUGGGGAGAUUGCAGGCGGUUACUGAGGAGCUACUAUACUCCCACACGCCAGACAGAGGAGAGAAGGAGUAUGGAGAAGAAGAGGAAGGAGCCAGAGGUCACAGAGAGGAGGACUUUUGAGUCGGCAUGACCUUAGGCACUCAAAGGGAUGGACAGUGGAAAGAGCACAGGUCCCACAGGCAGGAGAGAGGAGAGGAGCAGCAUGCUGAGAGGGUUCAAAGGAGAGAGGAACAACAUGCUGACUGGACACAGCAGACAGAGAGGCAGGAUGCAUAAAGGACCCAGAGGGGAGGACCAUCAGGUGGAUCAGAUGCGCCCCCUCAGCCUGCUCAGGGCUGCCCUAUGGCAGACAAAGGGCCAUAACUACCUCAAGAGCCACAUGGACAGGAGCAGAGUGAGGACCAGGCUGCAAGGGAGAAGAAACAAGACAGAAAGGAGAGAGCAGCAAUAGAGAGAGAGAUCAGAGUAAAAAUCAGACUCAAGA